GAAUAAUAGUCAGCAAAGCCGCCAUCAGUUUCCUAGAAUGACCCUAUAACGCAUCUUUAUAACUACAAGCCUGAAUCAAUUCUUGAUCAAAUUCAUUCUCUUUAGAAGCCGUUCUCCGCCCAUCAACCUUCUUCUUCACUUCCUCUCUGCAACAAAUCAUUUCCAUUGAAGUAAUGGAGGUACAGCAACAAGAAAUGAAGUCUCUUGGAGUCUUUGAUAUCUACAGAGAAGCCUACAAGAUCAUUCUCUCACGGAGGAAGAUCUUCACCCAAAUCACCUUUGCCCUGAUCCUCCCACUAUCCUUCAUUUCCUUAGCUCAUACUAUAUUAUCCAACACUCUGUUCCCCAAAAUCACUGAUCAGAAUCAAAAAGAUUUGGCUGAAACCCAAGUCCCCACUUCCAACUACGCCAACAUAUUUGAUCUUCUCCCGUCGACAUCUGCCUCCUAUUGGCUUCUCCAGGCUGCAUACACCAUCUUCUCUUUUAUCCUGUUCCUCCUUUCCACGUCCGCCAUAGUUUACACCAUGGCUUGCAUCUACUCCGGUCGGGAAGUGACUUUUAGGCUGGUUAUGAGCGUAGUGCCAAAGGUUUGGAAGAGACUCAUGGUCACAUUCUUCACAAUCUUUCUGGCCCUCUGCACUUACCACGUGGUUGCCUUUCUAGUCUUAGCUUUAGUAGCAGUGUUGAUUGCAUUUGGCCCUAAUACUAAUGUGGGGUUGGUGAUUUUGUCGGUUGUUGUGGUGUUGUACUUGAUGGGUUUUCUUUACAUGAGCAUAGUUUGGCAAUUAGCUAGCACAAUAUCGGUGUUAGAGGACUCAUAUGGGUUUCAAGCCAUGAAAAAGAGUAACCAACUAAUCAGAGGCAAGGUAGGUAUGGCAACCUUCAUCUUCUUGAAGCUGGGUUUAGUCUAUUACAUGCUACACAAGGCAUUGGAGAGGGUGGUGUUGCAUGGAGAGCCACUGGGCAUGGUGAAUAGGGUGGCUUUUGCAAAUGUGUGCUUAUCGUUACUUUCGUUGUUGAGUCUCUUUGAACGUGUCAUUCAGACUGUUAUCUACUUCGUUUGCAAAUCCCACCACCACGAAAAUAUUGACAAGUUGGCUCUAUCGGAUCAUCUCCAGGUUUACACCCAAGAGUAUUACAUUCCUUUAAAGGGCGACAAUCUUCAGUUAAAGCAGUUCAAUGUAGGAUGAGCUUUUGGUAAUUAAAGUUGUAAUUUGUUGUUCAUCAAGGUUAUUGUUGUUCAAUUAUGGAUCUGUAUAAAAUCCAGAUUGACAGCACAGAUAAAUCAAUUCAUGUCGCUUGAAUAUUGAAUUGAAUAAUAAAGAAAUCUUUAUAUAUA